ACAUAAGUAUUGACGUUUGUUUUGUUUUGUUGAAAACUUGAAAAGCGCGGAUCGCGUCUGACCAUCGGGAACAGUUUAGCGAAUUAUCUAACGAUCGGUCGCAAACCCGGUCUAUAUAGUAUUUGUGUUAUAAUUCGGGCAUGCUUAUACAAAUCGGGCGAUGGAGUGGUCGAAAGAUAAAACAUUAAAGUUGAUUGAGUUGUUACAAGUGAACGCGAGCUUGUGGAAUCCAUCUUUAUGUGAAACGCGGAGGGACAAACAAAAGCGACGAGAGGAGUUGCGUUUGAUAUCAGAAUUGUUAGGAAUUUCUGUGUUAGACAUUACGAAGAAAAUACAACACCUUCGUACACAAUACAACCGGGAGUCGGCGCGGGAAGCGCGAGCGUUUGCUGAAGAACCUAAUGAUAGAUAUGUCAGCAACUGGUACGCCUUCGAAUAUCUACACUUCUUGAAAGACUCCAGGAAGCCGUACAAGAUUCUACUGUCGGAGGACAACAACACAGAAAUAGGUGUUUUAUCCCCACAUUCAGACAAUGCAAGCACUGAGUGUAAGCUAUCGAACCUGUCUCCGCCACACAAGAUCUCAAGAACAGAGUCACAUACACCUGCAGCUAGACCUGAUAUAGUCUACCCUUCAAGGACAAGAGACGAAUUCUCCGUAUUUGGAGAAUAUAUUGCCAAUGAGCUGAGGUCUCUUAAAGGGGAGAAGAAUCUACUGGUUGCGAAGAAAAAGAUCCAGGAUGUUAUAUUUGAAGUGAAAAUGGGAAUGAUCGGUGAACCACGUACUGAACAACCAAUUUGUACUGUGUUUACGAAUACUACGCAGCCUCAUCAGACUACAAUACAUAGUAGCAAGUUAUAUUCCACUCCAGUUAUGACUACUGCUGCACAUAUUGAGCCUCUCUCAGCAUCGCACACACCACCCACCACGGGAAUCAGUGAAAUUAUUAUAAACGGAACAUGUCACUACCCAAACUUUAAAGUUGAUACUCAAUAGCAAUGUCAUCCACUUCCCGUCGAGGAGGUGGAUAAAAAUGAAGGAUACAAUAUAAAUAAUUAAGUCAAAACUGCAGACAAAGACCGUUGAAUGCAUAUCCUAUGCUAAUGGUUGGUCUUUGGUGACCAAUGCAGUGUUUAGACUGUUAACAAAUACUAUACUAGUAGGUACUAGUUUUAAAUAUUAAGUUAGUUAUAUUAAGUAUAUAUUUAAGGAUCCCAUGAAAAGUUUACUUGGAAAUAAUUAGAUUUUAAUAAAUCACAAACAAAGGAGUAAUAUAUUAUUGUUUGAUGUAUUAUUACAAAACAAAUAACUUUAUCAAACAUUUGUUUGUACUUUAAAGUUGACUGUUUUGUAGUACUUAGUCUGUUCUUAUACACACAGCUACACAUCAAGCUUUACAUAACCAGUAUAAACUGAACAUUUAAUGUGCGGAAAGAUAAUGCGACGCG